AUGCUAUACAUGCUAUACAUGGUGGGUCAAUGUCUGGGCGUGACGGGUGACACAAACGAGGAUGACAUCCUCAAUACAUGUAUGGAGAUGGAAGAACGGUAUGCCAAAUAUGCCAAAGCAGUACCAAGCCCCGAACCAGGAUUAAAGGGCGGUCCGUGUUCCACAUUUGCCAGCCGAUCAUGUUGUAAAACGGGUGUCUCGGAUCAUUGGCAGAACCUUACACUCAGCUAUGCGCACUGUCCUCAGAAGGAAACGCUGACACCAAUAUGCAACCAGAGGUUUGAAGAAGAGUUAUGCUUUUACCUUUGUUCCCCCGAUGUUGGUCCUUGGAUUAAGACGGGCCAUUAUGGGAAAAAGGAUGCCUUUGUUAAUCUAACAAUAUGUCAAAGUACUUGUGAUUUAUGGUACAGCGCGUGUCAAGAGGAACACACCUGCUCCGAUAACUGGUACUACGGAUUCAACAUGUCAACAGGAAUGAUGGUAUGUCUUGAGGAAUCAAAGUGUGACAAAUUUGACAAGCACUUCACAACUGCAAAGAUGUUUUGUGAGCAAGUAUGGAACAAUGCCUACAAAGUAGUCCCCGAUGAUGAACCAUGCAUGCAGUUCACAUAUGACAUCACGUCCGGUGCCAACCCUAAUAAGGCGGUAGCAGAGGCCAGGGCAAAGGGACUCGCUUCUUCCAAUAGUUCACGCGAAGUUCCUCAUGCUCCGAACGCAGGGCUCCAGACUUCAUCCAUUAUUCCUGUGCUGCAAAUGUUUUCAAGUUUGGUCAUAUCUGCAACCCUUUUUAGUAUUUGGACAUAAUAUUACAAAUUCAUAUGUGACU